AUGCCUUCGUCCAUUGGAAAUGGCAACGCUGGGCAAGCGGCGGAGCUCGGCAGCAAGGACCGGACAUGGCAGAUGCGCAAGUACCUCCUGCUACUCGCCAUCCUGGUGGCGACGGUGACCUACGUGGCCGGUAUGGACCCGCCGGGGGGCGUGUGGCUGGAGACCGAGGACGGCCACCGCGCCGGCGACCCGAUCCUGCCCGACACCCGACCCAUCCGGUACAGGGUGUUCUACCACGUGAACGCCACGGCUUUCGCGGCGUCGCUCGUGAUCAUCGUCCUCCUGCUGUUCCUGAGGAAGGACGCCAUGCGCAUGCUGCUGGCCGUGCGUGUCGCCAUGGUGCUCGACCUGGUCUGCCUCAUGCUGGCCUACGUCACCGGCGCCUGCAGGGGCUCUGCCAUCACCGUCGUCGCCUCUGCACUCAGCGCCGCCGUGAUCCUGCUUGUCCUGGUGGCCAUAUGGCUGCAACAUUACGCGAAGAAGACGGCGGCCGGGACCCAGAAAAGCAGCAGAGGCAGGCACCUCCACCGCGAGGGGCGCAAGAUCCUGAUGCUGGUGUCCAUCUUCGCGACGACGGCCACGUACACGGCGGGGCUGAGCCCGCCGGGUGGCUUCUGGGAGCAUGACCAUGGCCACCGCGCCGGAGACCCCAUCCUGCUGGAGCGCCACGCGCGAUGCUUCUUGGCGUUCUUGGUCUGCAACACCACUGCCUUCGCCGCGUCUCUCGUCACCAUGACGCUGCUCCUGAGCAGGCAGCUUUCCAAGGUCAGCGGGCACCUGAGCGCACCGUACGUGUGCGUCGCGGUGGCGCUGAUCGGCCUGCUGGGAGCCUACGCAGCCGGGAGCUGCAGGGAGACGGACACCGCCGUCGGCGUCUACGUCCUCUGUUUGGUCGGUGCUGUUCUCGUGUGCAUAUCCAUCAUCGCCUACAUCGAGAACCAGUACACACUGGCAUCACAAGCUCCUGAAGGAGAAGGACCACCGGACGGAGCGUCGCGAAACGGUGAGGCCGAUACGAAUCCACUGGACAAGGCUCGGUCUCUGAUACUGCUCCUUGCCACUCUGACGGUGACCGUCACGUACCAAGCUGGUCUCAACCCACCCGGCGGAGUCUGGAAGGAGACCGGCGACGGGCACGUCAGCGGCGGCCUGGUCCUCCUCGAGACGCACACGAGGCGGUACAAGGCCUUCUUCUACUGCAACUCGGCUGCCUUCGUGGCGUCCAUUGUCGUCUUCAUCAUGGUGCAGAGCAGGUCGCUGGUCAGCCAGGGUGGCCGGCACGCGCUGGAAGCCGCUGUCCUUCUGGACCUGUUGGCGCUCGUGGGAGCGUACGGCGCCGGGAGCUGCCGGGAUGUACGCACCUCCGUCUAUGUCUUCGCCUUGGCUGCUGCCGUCUUUGUGUACGUGGUGAUCCAUGUUGUGAUCGAAAAGUCUUCUUCUGAUUCUACGAUGACGACGGUGAGCAAGGAGGAGGUCGAGCUCGAGAAGAAGCGGAAGCUGCUGUUGCUCCUUGCAAUCUUGGUCGUCACCAUCACCUACCAAGCUGGGCUGACUCCGCCCGGCAAGUUCUGGCUGGAGCACGGCUCCGGCGACGAAGCGCACAAAGUGGGCGACCCGGUCCUGGCCGACAACUACCCGAGGCGGUACAAGGCCUUCUUCUACAGCAAUUCCACAAGCUUCAUGGCGUCCGUUGCCGUCACCGUCUUCCUGUUGAGCCGCAACCUGUCCAAUACAGGCACAAGAUACUGGACCGCGCUCUAUUUCUGCAUGGGCGCCAGCUUCAUCGGCCUGAUGUGCGCCUACACUGCCAGCACCAUGCUGACGGUGCGGGCGUCGUCCAUCGUCGUCGCCUUGGUCGCCGUGGUGCUCGUCUUCACCGGCCUACACGCCAUCCUCCACCAUCGCAACGUCCCGAGGUGGAUUUCGCGGUGGUGGCAUUGCUGUCCAUCGGACAACCACCACAAGACAGAGACCGGGAACGGGGACUCCAAAUCCAAGCACUCCGCCAGCGUCGAGUACCGUGAGCGGUACAGGAUGUGCAAGUACCUGAUGCUGCUGGGGAUCCUGGCCGCGAGCGUCACGUACCAGGCCGGCUUGGUCCCGCCGGGCGGCGUUUGGCCAGCCGACGGUACCGGGCACGGCGCCGCAGGCGACCCAGUCCUCCGCGACACCGACACCCGCCGGUACCGCAUGUUCUUCUACAGCAACUCGGCGUCCUUCGUGGCAUCCGUCGUCGUCAUCGUGGUCGUGCCGCUGCUGAUGCAGGGGGCGCUGCCGGUGGCCGGCUUGCCCAUGCCUGUCGGGGCGAUGUACACGGUGGUCGUGCUUGACCUGCUUGGCCUCCUACUGGCUUACGCCACCGGCAGCAGCAGGGACUGGGCCACGUCCUGGUACGUGCUUGCCAUGGCCGCCACCGUGCUGACCUACGUCGCCAUCUACAAAGUUUUAUCCUCCCGCGGCGGUGAUUCUCGCCAGCAGCCGGACCCGCAACAAAUGCCGAUACGUCGAGUAACUGAAAUUUAA